AUGCCCGAGGGCGGCAUCCGCCAAGCCUGCGGCUGGGGCACCUUCAUCGCCCUGUCGCCGCUCUUCGCCGGCGCCUUCUUCCUCCACAUGGCCGUGGCCAUCAAGGCCGGCAGGUACACGUACCGCGUUGCCGUCCCGAACACCCAGAGCCGCGUCCGUCUCAUGGUGCGCGACGCAGACCAGCUGCGGGCCGCCGACUUUGUGCACUUCAAGAUCGAGCAUCCCGCGUCCCGGCUGCACCCGCGCGGCUUCGCGGCGGAGCUCGACGCGGGCGAGGCCCACGUGUACACGGACUGGAAGUACGACGUGAACGCCGGCGAGCUCUUCACCAACGGCGCCACCGGCCGCCUGCUGGGCUACACUUGGGAGGACGGCCACGACGACGAGGCGGACGUGGUCGGAGAGGACGGCCACGGUGACCGCGGUGACCGCUUCGCAGCCGACCGCAACGCCACCGAGGACGGGCCCGGCGCCAUCGUGACCAGGCAAAACAGGGCGUGGACCAUGAUUGUCAGCGCCGUGCCGGCCCCCAACACGUGGACGACCGCCUCGCAGGGGUGUGUCGAGAAGACGCUCAAGUACUUUGCCCUCCGCACCGCCAAGCGUCACACGAGCAGCUGCCAGCCCCUGCACAACCGCGGCGACUGGCGCUACCACAUUGGCAUCCACAUCAACAUGGGCGACAACACGAAGGACGGGCUCAUCAAAUGCCCUUGCUAG